AUGGCUAAGAGAGCAUUCUCCAGCACGCUUCGCUCCCCUUCUCCCGUACUAGCGAAGAAGCCUCGUACAGAUGCAGCUGUCGUUCAGAACAAGAUCGCGACGGCCGAAGCUGCAGCGCGUAAGGGAGAUGCGGUCGUUUAUUGGAUGAGAAUGGAGGAUAUGAGAAUAUCCGACAAUAGAGCAUUGCAUCAAGCCUCCGAGCAAGCAAAAAAAGAAGAUGUGCCCCUCUUGGUUUUAUUCACCAUCAGCCCCCAGGAUUACGCCGCGCAUGACAGAAGUCCCCGCAGGAUCGAUUUCACACUGCGAAACCUGCGGUGUCUUCAGGCAUCUCUCGUAGAGGAGCUCUUUGUGCCAUUGCACAUAGUCGUCUGUAAUCGCCGCCGGUCGCUUCCCGGCGAAGUCAUUUCUCUCAUCAAAAACUGGAACUGCCGACGGCUUUACGCCAACAUAGAGUACGAAGUAGAUGAGCUCCGACGCGAUAUCGAGAUUUGCCAACUUGCGAAGGAACAGGGCAUCGUUCCUGUUUUUAUCCACGACAAACUGGUCGUUCCUCCUGGAAAGCUUUUCACCAAGCAAGGCAAACCUUACACUGUAUAUUCGCCCUGGCAGCGUCAGUGGGUCUCUGAACUCAACGCCCAUCGCGAUGUCUAUUUGGCAGAAAGUCCAAGGCCAAGUGCGAACUCUGAAUCCCUCCGCAAACAUCCCACUUUUGGCCCACUAUUCGACACGCCCGUCCCAGACUUCAUACCUAACUUUGAAUGUGUGGAUCGUGAGGUUAUGGCCAAAACUUGGCCUGCUUCCCAGGCCGCCGCCCGCCAGAUUCUAGACCAAUUCUUACACACGAAGUCGAGAAACACUCACGUCGGGAACUCUGACCCACUUGAACCGGGUGCAGAAUGGUCUGACAAGCGCAGUCGGGGUCUUGUUUACAAGGACAACAGAGACAAAGCAGACCGUGAUCACACGAGCCGCCUGAGUCCAUACCUCUCCGCCGGGGUAAUAUCUGCGAGGGAACUCAUCCGGGCUACCAUGAAUGCUAUGGGGUCGAAGACCGUCGAAGCGAACCGGAAUACGUCGUUGGGCGUGUGGGUCAUGGAGAUCGCAUGGCGCGAUUUCUAUACGCACGUUAUGGCUGCGUUUCCGCGUGUCUCUAUGGGGAGACCGUUUCAGGAGAAGUAUGCGGCAGUGAAGUGGGAGACGGAUGAGGUGAAGCUUCAAGCGUGGAAGGACGGCCGGACGGGCGUUCCUAUCGUCGAUGCGGCUAUGCGACAGGCGAAUACGAUGGGCUGGAUGCAUAACAGAUCUCGAAUGAUUUCAGCCAUGUUCCUGUGCAAGGAUCUUAUGAUUGACUGGCGUCUUGGUGAACGCUACUUUAUGCAGCAAUUCGUCGACGGCGACCUCGCAAACAACAACGGUGGGUGGCAGUGGAGCGCCAGCACCGGUACAGAUCCGCAGCCAUACUUCCGCAUCAUGAACCCAUACCUUCAGUCUGAGAAGGCCGAUCCUACGGGCGACUAUAUCAGAGCCUUUGUAGAAGAGCUGAAGGACGUCAGGGGCCCGGAGAUACAUAACCCUACGGCGAAGAUCUGCGAGAGGACAGGUUAUCCGAGGCCUAUCGUUGACCAUAAGGCGGUGCGGGAGAGGGCAUUGAGGAGGUAUAAGGAGCCUGGGGUGGAAUAGGCGAAGGUUUGCAGUGUAUAGGAUUUAAGACCAUUGUGUGUCUGUCUUUUUAGUUGUCGAAUUGUCGAGUGUAUAUUAUCUCCCGGAGACUAAAU